AUGCCUUCCUAUGCAAAAUUUAUGAAGGAGCUGUUAUCUAAGAAGAGGAAGCUUGAGAAUGAUAAAACAGUCCCUUUGACUGAAGAAUACAGUGCUAUUUUACAAAGGAAGCUCUCUCAAAAAUUAAAGGAUCCAGGUUCUUUUAGCAUUCCAUGUGCCAUUGGAAAUUGUACUAUGGGGAAAGCUCUAUGUGAUCUUGGGGCCAGCAUUAAUCUUAUGCAUCUUGCUAUCAUGAAGAGACUUGGAAUAGAGGAAGUCAAGCCUACUAGCAUAACUUUGCAACUCACGAACAAAUCUUACACAUAUCCUUAUGGUAUUGUAGAGGAUUUGCUAGUUAAGAUUGACAAAUUUAUUUUCCUUGCAGAUUUUGUAAUAUUGGACAUGGAAGUAGAUGCCGACAUUCCUUUAAUUUUGGGCAGACCAUUCCUAGCUAUAGGGAGAGCUUUAAUUGGUGUUCAAAAGGGAGAACUUAUGUUGAGAGUGCAUGAUGAGAAAGUUAUUUUCAAUGUAAUUGAGGCACUCAAACAUCCUAAUGAUUAUAUUACUUGCAUAAGGGUUGAUAUCUUAGAUUCUAUUACUUUCCCUCAUUUUAUUGAUAAUGUUGAUGAGAUUUCAUUGUUAAAGGAAACAAUAGUUAUAGGGAAUUAUUCUGCUGUUGUAAAAACAAAAGAGCACUUGAGAAAAUAUGUCCAACAACUUGACACCUUGCCAAUUAUUUCUUCUUCAGAAAAUUCAGUAAGGGAAGAACUGAAAAUGGAAAUAAAGGAAGAAAAGGUUGAGAAACUUGAGCUGAAACAACUACCUUCCCACUUGAGAUACUCUUUCUUAGGCCAAGAACAUGAAAAUCUGGUAAUUAUUAAUAAUGAUCUCAAGGGAAAGGAAGAAGAGAAAUUGUUGAGAAUUCUAAUAGCACACAAGUCAGCAAUUGGCUGGCAUAUUUCAGAUUUAAAGGGGAUUAAUCCAUCUUUUUGCAAGCAUAGAAUUCUAUUUGAAGACAACUACAAACCAGUAGUUUAG